AUGCCGAGAUUAAACAGAACAGAAUUAAGGAGAAGAGAAGAGGAAGAGGCAUUCAUCGCAAUAAACAUGUACAUUCGGGUUGCAAUGAGUGUGUUUCGGCUUUAUUGCUUCAUUGUGUCCACGGCACAAUAUCCUCGUCCUGAGUUGUCCCCAUAUCCAAACUACUACCAAACCCAAGUAGAUGCUGUGAAUAGGCUUGUCAAUGGUAAUGAAGUAGAUUGCCACGAGCAAUUGAGGGUAAAUAGGCGUACCUUUUUUAGAUUGUGUUGUCUACUUCGAGGUGUUGGGUUAGGAGACUCAGGAAAUGUUUGUCUCGAGGAGAGGGUAGCCAUUUUCUUGUGGAUCUUAGCUCACCAUACAAAACAGAGGCGUACGAAAUUGCACUUUUGGAGAUCAACUGAAACUGUAAGUAGACAUUUCAAUGUCGUACUCCUAGGUGUGUUGCGCCUUUUUGACAUGCUCCUAGUAAGGCCCGAGCCUGUGCCUCCUAACUACGAUGACAGUAGAUGGAGUUGGUUUCAGAAUUGUCUCAGGGCAUUGGAUGGGACGUACGUGCCAGUGUAUCCCCCGGCAGUUGACAGGCCACGCUAUAGAUCAAGGAAGGGUGAGAUUGCCACAAACGUUUUAGGUGUAUGGUCGGCCACUGACUCUAGGAUCCUGAGGGACGCCAUUUCAAGACCUAAUGGUUUGAUAGUCCCCCAUGGACAUUACUACCUUGUGGAUGCCGGAUACCAAAAUGCCGAGGGUUUUCUAGCACCGUACCGCGGGCAACGUAACAUUUGGAGGCAAGGUCACAUGCCGACUAGCAGAGAGGAGUACUUCAACAUGAAGCACUCAGCUGCUAGGAAUGUAAUUGAGAGAAGCUUUGAUGUGUUAAAGAUGCGCUUUGCAAUAUUGAGGUCUCCUUCGUAUUACCCCAUUAGGACUCAAACACGUAUCGUCACAGCAUGUUGCCUCCUCCAUAACCUCAUCAAAAGAGAGAUGCCCAACGAUCCCAUUGAGAACGAGUACACGGCAUGGGAACGUGAUCACAUACACGAUGCGGAGGUAGAUGAUCACAUCACUACCAUUGAGACUUCCAAUCAAUGGAGCGGGGAAAGGGAUGCGUUGGCUACAGCCAUGUACAAUCAUUGGCUAGGAAAUGGUGGGGGACAAGAGGUUUUUCCACCAUGA